AGUUAGCUAAGCUUAGUCAAGAGUAUUCGAACCCCCGCAAGUGGUGUGAUUAAGAUUACGAAAUUUGGAGAGUCGGAUAUUCAACAUAUGAAAAAGGACAUCAACUAGACGGUAUACAAGCAUACUUAGAGACCGGAAAAUUUUUUUGUGCAACUAAAUUAACCAAAGGAAAAGGAGUGAGAAGGGGAGAUAAGGGACUAAAGUAAAGCGUAUAAAAUGCAGGAAGGUCACAGAGAACGCUUAAGUUUUUGCUUUCUCUAGUAUAUGGAAAAAAAAUGCAGUCUGAAAUUCAGUUAGGGACAUUUCCUCCUGAAACUGAAACAAGAAGGAAGCCCCGCGUUGCGUUUACCGGUGUUGAUGACGACAAAUUUGACGAUAGAAAGAAUAUUCAUGCAAUGGAAAGUGGUAGCCGACUUGUAAGACCUCGCAUGUCUCUCCUCGGCAAGCCAUUAAAUUAUAAAGCCCACAGACGGGAUGCUAGGUAUAGACGAGCUCAGGCUAGGAUUUAUAACUUCCUGGAACGACCAAAGAAUUGGAGAUCAAUUAGCUAUCAUUUACUUGUGUUCUUAAUGGUCUUUCUGUGCCUUCUCUUAAGCAUUUUCUCAACGGUUCCUGCAUUCGAGAACGCAUCAACGAAUAUUUUAUACUAUUUGGAAUUGAUUAUGGUGCUUUGGUUUAUGAGCGAAUAUACUUUGAGGUUAUGGUCUGCAGGCUGUAGAUAUAGAUAUCAGGGAUGGCGUGGACGAGGAAAAUUUGCUAGAAAACCGUUAUGUGUGAUCGAUCUCAUCGUGAUUGCGGCAAGUAUCGUCAUCCUUUGUUUAGGCUCCAACGGACAAGUGUUUGCCACUUCCGCCCUCAGGGGACUUCGUUUCUUUCAAAUACUACGGAUGGUUAGGGUGGAUCGAAGGGGUGGUAGUUGGAAAUUAUUAGGUUCUGUUGUCUGGGCUCAUAGACAAGAGCUGUUUACUACUUUAUACAUUGGCUUUCUCGGUUUGAUAUUUGCUUCCUUUCUCGUUUAUUUGGCGGAAAAGGAUAAAAAUAGCAAAAAAUUUGGCACAUACGCCGACGCAUUAUGGUGGGGAGUAAUUACUCUAUGUACUGUGGGAUAUGGAGAUACGGUUCCAGUAACUUGGGCCGGAAAACUAAUUGCUGCAUGCUGUGCUAUUUUAGGCAUUUCUUUUUUCGCUCUUCCAGCAGGUAUAAUGGGUUCUGGAUUUGCGCUCAAAGUUCAACAGCAGCAACGUCAGAAACACUUGAUUCGACGAAGGGUACCAGCAGCAACUCUCAUUCAAUGCCUAUGGCGAUGCUACGCUGCCGACGAACACUCUUUAAGUGAAGCAACUUGGAAGAUUCAUUUGAAGCCUUGCAGAAGCCCGCCAGCUACCCCUAGACACAAGUUGGCUGGCUCAAUAGCUUGGGGUCGUGUCCGGGACGUGUUCAAGUGGUCAUUUACGACAUCUAGCAGUUCGGAUGAGGAGGCGCCGGGUGCUAUAAGCCAGGCUACUUUACAUAGUACGAAUUUUAGACAAAAUUCUCAGGAGAGUAAAGAUAGUUGUUGCAGUUUUAAAACGGACCUUUUCAUCCAGCAAGAAUGCGACGAAGAGCAGACCAAGUUUAAGAACAAUUCUUCUUUUAUGAGCCGAAUGUCAAUCCGGAGAAAAGAUCGUUCAGCCAACACUACAAACACUCAAAAUUCACCAGCCAUCCAUAGGCCUGUUAGGAGGACGUUAUCAUCUCAAAGUGAUGACAAACAGGAAUGUGACAGUCCUGAUGCGCUUCAACGCUUAUUAACAAGAAAUUGGAGUCAUCUUAGCUUAUCAACCGACCAAACAACAGCGAACAAUUCAGGAAAGGAAGCAUCUGCCUUCACCGGAUUAAAUAAAAGAGAGUUUAAGGAUUCUGAAGACGAUUUAGAUGAAUACGUGGAAGGUGUGACGCAAUUAACCGAUACUCACAAACAUGCGAUUCGGGCCAUGCGGAAAAUAAAAUACUUUGUCGCUAGAAGAAAAUUUAAAGAGGCUUUUCGCCCCUACGACCUCAAGGAUAUUAUCGAGCAAUAUUCGGCGGGGCAUAUUGAUAUGCUAAGUAGAAUUAAGAAUUUACAGCUAAGAUUAGACCAGAUUCUUGGUAAGGCGGGCUCAAAAAAACCAGAUGUUUAUGAGUCAAAAAUUUGCCUAGCGGCGAGGGUUGUUAAGGUCGAGAGGCAAGUUGAAGAUAUUGAAACCAAGUUAGACUUAUUCUUAGAUAUGUAUAAAGAAGACCGGAAACGAUUUAGUUCUCAAGGCGUUCAAAUACAAUCGGAAACGGAACAGGCGGAACAAGCUAUUCAGCUUGAUAGCAAACAUUCCCAAUUACGUUCGAUUCUAGUUGACAAACAACAGAGUGAACCUCCGACGCCCACAACACAAGUAGGGAAACCUAUCCAAAGAAAUUGGUCUGAUCUAAGUUCAAGGUCUAAGAAGAAAAAGGUCACCUAUCGUUGUGCUUCCGCAACCGACGUUAAAGCAGUCAGUGAUCUACCGCCACCAAUUCUUAAAAAAAGACCCUCUUCUGAAUCAGACAGGCCUACAGAAGAUAAAAUCCAGUCAAAUCCAGAUAUACAAAUAUAUAGGCCUGCUCCAACUCCUCCAAUAAAGGAAUUUACACAGGAAACCAUAGACGUACACUCAUCUGUUGACUCAGAAACUGAAACGCAUUCGGCUACCAGCGUUCUCUCUUCAGGCGACUCAUUGACUCAUCAAUAUGGCUCAAUGAGAAAGGAGGAUAGUGACGAUGAAAUUUGGAAUGAUAAAAAAUCUGAGGCUGUUGCCUCAUGUAACAGUACGGAAAUGGAAAUGAUGAGUGAUGACGGUGAAGAUUCAUGCUUAUUGUCACCAACGGAAAUGACUUCCAAAGAGAUACCAAAGAAACUAAAUCAGUACUAAACUCCAUAACAGAUAAUAAUAGAAAAUUACCAAUUUAAAUAAAAGCACGUACACAAAAACUGAUUUAAUUGCUCAUUUUCUAACAUUUACAAAAACUUUUCACAAAAGAAAUAAACAAAAAAUAUGAAAAUAAACAAACAAACCAGACUAAACUGGAUGGCUUAGCAAAAAAAAAAAGAAAAACCUGGAAAAUAAAAGUUUGAUGGAUGAAGAUUAAAAAAAAAAAGAAACAGAAGAUGUGUAUAGAAGUGCAAGGAUAUCUAUAUAUAUAUAUAGAAUAUUUUUAGAAGAAGGCAACUACGACUAAACUCUCUGGCAUAAAAAAAAAUGUUUACAAAAAUAAUAUGAGCAAGCCAAAGGAAGAAAAUAAACAAAUAUGAAAUAUGAAAGUCAUUCCACUACGAAAUAAUAAUAAUAAUAAAUUAAAAGGAGCUUUCUUUUCGUAUUGAAGAUAUUGUAAUAAUUGAAUAUUUAAAAAAAGACAUGUUUUUGUAUGAUAUUCCGUUAAUCUGAUAGAUGAACGUUUUUUCUACGGAUAUGAUAAUCGUGAUGAUUCUUGCUUAAUUUCCCUAUUAUUUUGUUUUCUCUUUACGUAUAGUUCUACAGUUGGAGUUUAUUUAUUUUCGUAAAGAGCACUAAAUUAGGAAGGAGGGAAGAGAGAGAUAGAGAUAGAGAGGAUGAAAAGAUGGGAGAAAACAAUUGAUGACAUAAGAGAAGCUUCUGAUACAUAUAGAGAUGUAUAAAGGGGAAAAUUUUUGAAGAAUAUAUAGAAAAUUUUACGAGGCCUCACUAAGUGAAUCGAUGGGUAGAGACAAAUUGUCCGACUGCUCUGUGUCCCUUUUACAAAAUUUUAUAGGCGAACUAUCGAAUUAAAGAAAAAUCGUUGGUAAUAAUGUUUUCCCUCAUCAAAUUUCUUUAAUUCUUUCGUACCUCUCUCUAAAAACUCCUCUAUCCUUUUUAUUUGUCGUAUAUUCGCAAUCCUAUCAAUCCGUUAAUCUUAGCGAAUUGUCAUCUAUGAUUUUAUUGAAUCUAUUAAAAAUAUUUGCAUGUGUUUUCUUAGAUUAUACUUAUUUUAAGUCUAUUGUUUUUUUUUAAAGAGGAGCGUCAAAAAACUGCAGGUGCAAUUUUGCUUUCUUUCCAUUUAAAAAUUAUAGUUUUGAUGAAAUUACU